GGCCCGCGGAAUCCUGCUCCGUAACAAGCGACGCGCCGCGCCCCGCGGUCCCGGCUGCGUGGGCCGCUCGGGUGGGGCUGGGCGCUGCGGCUGCGGUGGCUCCCGCCGCGGCGGGCGCGAUGGAGGCCGUGCCGGAGGCCCGCACGCUCGCCGGGGCUGGCCGAGGCAGCCGGAGGAGCUGGUAGAUGCGGCGGCCACGGCGGCGGCGGCCCGGGCUCUCCAUGAGCGAGCGGCGGCGGCGACGGGUGCGGCGGCACCGGCGGUCUUCGGUCCCGCGGGAGGAUGAAGACACUGUUUGAAGAGAUCAAAGCAUCAAUUAAAAAUAACUAUAACCAAGAUCGAUCAUUUUGGAGGCCUGUUCUUCCUUGGGGAGGAGUUUUUACUAUCAAAGCUGGCCGCAAAGCAGUAUCUUGUACACCCCUCUAUGUUGAGAUCAGACUGAAAAAUACCUGCACCAUAGAUGGAUUCUUGAUGUUACUGUAUGUCAUUCUUAAUGAAAACGAAAGCUUCCCCAGGGAACUCUCUCUGCAUUUUGGCCGGGAGUUUGUCGACUGUUUUCUUUAUUUAAUGGACACCUAUAGUUUUACAACUGUGAAGCUGCUUUGGAUUUGGGACAAGAUGGAAAAACAGCAAUACAAAUCUGAAGUUCAUAAAGCUUCAUUAGUAAUUGAUUUGUUUGGGAACGAGCAUGAUAAUUUUACAAAAAAUCUUGAAAAUCUUAUGUCUACCAUUCAAGGGAGUUACUGCUCUAACUGGCACUGCCCUACCCGAGUGCAGGAAGAUCAGCAGCGCACCAUUAGCAUAAAUCCUCCCCAAGAAAUUCCACAUGGAAACUUGAUACGACUGGCUGUGGAUGAGUUAUUCUGUUCCAAGAUUGAACUUUGUGAAGAGCGUGGGUGUGGUGGCUUAAGAGAAUUUUCCCAGCGAGUUUUCUGCCACGGGGCACCCCCUUUUGUUGUGUUAAAUAUGCAGCAUUGGAAACCUGAAGACCUGGCAUAUGUACCCUAUUACUUGGAUUUAUCUGAUCACAAAUAUUUGCUGGAAGGCGCCACUUUAUUUAACAAAGAGGAGCAUCAUUAUUCUGCAGCCUUCCAGAUUGACGGACAUUGGAUGCACUAUGAUGGCCUCAGAAAUGUGAAUUUAAUUUUGUUAAAUAAACCCCCAGAGUUUCUCCUCUUGUCAUCAUUGGUUUAUAUUCGAGCAACAGAGAAAUAAAUAUAGACUGAUGCUGAAUUAAAUUGUUCUCCCGCCUGCCCAUGCUCCCAGAUGAAGGGCUUUUGUUCUGUAUAUACUUGGUAUCCAAGGAAACAGUUGAACUAUACUAGUUUCAGAGAUGUAUUUUUCAUUGUUUUGCCCCAGGUAAAUGUUUUAUAUGGAUGAUCUAUGCAAAAAAUGUAUUUUUAAAGUAUUUUCUGGGUUAUUUUUAUACAAGCAUAUGUUAUGUUCAAUAAAAUGUAUCUCGU